AUGAAGUACGUCGCACUCCUUAGUGGAGGGAAAGACAGCUGUUACAACUUGUCCCACUGCAACGCCAAUGGUCACCAACUUAUAGCUGCAGCGACACUCUCCCCGCAAUCAGGAAAAGAUGAGAUCGACUCGUAUAUGUACCAGACAGUAGGCCAAGACGCGAUCAAAUUUGUAGCUCGCGCUCUCGAAGUUCCGCUCUAUCGACACGUCAUACAAGGUGAUGCUAUCGAGCAAAAUGCAGAGUAUGGUUCGCGUAGUGCUGGUGGAGCUGGCGUGCUAGGAGAUGAAACGGAGGAUCUCUAUACUUUAUUAAAGCGUGUCAAGGUUCACCACCCGGAUGUGCAAGGUGUCUCAGUCGGCGCUAUUCUCUCAAAUUACCAACGCGUUCGCGUCGAACAUGUGUGUCGUCGUCUUUCCCUUACACCCUUAGCCUACCUCUGGCAGCGCGAUCAAGCCGAAUUGCUGUCCGAGAUGAUUGCAGCCGGGCUUAAAAGCGUGCUCAUAAAAGUAGCAGGCAUCGGUCUGACAGUGAAACACCUAGGAAAAACAUUAAACGAAAUGCAGGACACCCUCACGCGAUUGAACAACCUUUAUGGUUUGCAUAUCUGUGGUGAAGGCGGAGAAUAUGAAACUCUUACUCUUGACAGCCCGUCGUUCAAACAUCGUAUUGUGCUGGAUGGAACAGAAAUCGUGAUGCAUACGGACAAUGAUUUUGCGCCUGUUGCAUAUUUGCGUAUCAAACAAGCUUCGCUUCAUCCCAAGGAGUCAUCUACAGAUGGCAAGGUCGAAGUUCUGCCACUCUUGGAUGAUAGAUUCGGUGAAUUGAAGAACGUGGUCGAAACUUCAGUCCUGGAGCAAUACGAAAAGGGUUCUAGCGGGACAUAUGAACCGACCAACAAACUGCACCACAUCCCAGACCAUCCAUCAACACAUGCUAUCGGAUCAUGGCUUGCGGUCGGAAACAUCCACUCAAACUUUUCUCUACACUCAGAAAUACCCCAGGAGGAACAAGUUCGCGACUGCUUCAUUCAACUACAAGGAAUUCUUCAAUCGCACGAUCUACACAUAGAAGAUGUAGCUAAUAUCACACUCUUACUGCCUUCCCUUGCUCCCAAGAUAUUCGCAGCUGCAAACAAGGCAUACGCCGAGUUCUUCGGUGUCUCGCCUCCUUCGAGAGCUUGUGUGGGUGUAGAUCUUCCCGAGGGGGUGGGUGUGAUUCUUGAGUGCGUCGCGCGCAAGGAUAACACAAGGAGAGCGCUCCAUGUACAGAGUUUGAGCUACUGGGCACCUGCUAAUAUUGGUCCUUAUUCACAAGCUGUCACCGUGGAGCCGUAUGUUUUCGUAUCCGGCCAGAUCGGUCUACUUCCUGCGUCUUUAACGCUCCCUUCUCCAUCUUCGUUGGCACUUGAAACUGCGUUGGUGUUCCAGCACACGGAUCGCGUCAUUCGCGCCGCCAACACUGCAGGGGGUCAUGUGCUGCUUUCGCUUUAUUGGCUUGUUGACUAUGCUGAUACUAUACACACUCGACGGGCUUGUGAAACGUUUUGCGAGGAAACCCCAACAUUGUUCUUGGUAGUCGCGUCCCUCCCGCGCGGUGCACGCGUCGAGAAACAAGUAUUGGUGCAUACAGGCAAAUUCACGAUCCUAGACGAAGACGAAGACACGUUCAUACAAGUAUCUCGCACUCCGGAGUUUGUGUCUGGGGAUAUCCAUGCCGAACGCACCCAGAUAUUGCGCACUGCAGAGUUCCUAUCUGGGGAUGUUGAUCCCGAGUGCGGCACAAAAGUGUCGAGCGAAGUGAUCCUCAGUUCGACCAGGCCGCCCAUAUUGAACUGGCAAGUUUCUCGAUUUGACGUGUCGGGGACCUCGCCGCAUGCAUUUUGGGCAACAGCACUCUCAGCAAGAUUGUUCUACAGAGUAGAAGCUCAUUUUUCACCUAGUUGGUCGUCAGUCUCGCGCGUCCUGUUCGGAGACAAUAUGCCUGCAACCACUUUCAUCCCCUGCCGAUAUAUUGGCACUUGGGGGAGUGAUGAACAAUGGGAUUGGGCGGUGGCCUUUGUAGGCGUCUCAUGA